CACCAUCCCCCGAGCAAGCGUCAGCGCUGGCUCGCACGACGGGAACCAUCGAAACCGCCCCCCCGAACUUCUGACAGUGCAUUUGCACUGCGCUGUUGCCACUCGGACAGCUGUAUUUCGACUAGAAUUGUUUUUGGGAAAUAACCAUGGAAGCUAAGUUAAAGAAGGAGUUGGGGACAACCAUGCUGAAGUCAACUGGUCACUCGGGAGGUGGAUGCAUCAGCGAGGGCCAGAGUUAUGAUACUGACACUGGGAGAGUGUUUGUGAAGAUAAAUCACAAAAGCGAGGCCAAACUGAUGUUUGAUGGGGAGAUGGCCAGUUUGGAGGCCAUUUUAAAGACAGACACUGUUAAAGUCCCCAAGCCUGUGAAGGUGAUUGAGCUUGACAGAGGAGGAUGUGUAUUUGUGAUGGAGCAUCUGGACAUGAGAAGUCUUAGCAAGCAUUCAAAACACCUUGGAGAGCAGCUGGCUGAUCUGCAUCUUCACAACAAGAGACAGUUGGAAAAAUUAAAUAAAGAGCAGCAGACCGUAGGAAAAGGAGCUGGGCAGUCAGAGGUGGCUGUUGUUGACAAAUUUGGCUUUAGUGUAACUACAUGCUGUGGAUAUCUACCACAGAACAAUGAGUGGCAGGAUGACUGGGUGACAUUUUACUCCCAGCAGAGGCUGCAGCACCAGAUUGGCAUGGCAGAGAAAUCUUAUGGAGACAGGGAGGCCAGAGAACUAUGGGCCAAGUUACAGCUAAAGAUCCCUCAGUUUUUCACAGAUGUGGAGGUUGUCCCUGCUCUCCUCCAUGGAGAUUUAUGGGGAGGUAACGUGGCAGAGUGUGCAGAAGGCCCUGUCAUCUUUGACCCUGCUUCCUUCUAUGGCCAUUCAGAGUUUGAACUGGGUAUUGCUGGGAUGUUUGGUGGCUUCAACAGCUCUUUUUACUCUGCUUACCAUGAAAAGAUUCCUAAAGCACCAGGCUUUGCAAAGAGAAACCAGCUUUACCAACUCUUCCACUACCUGAAUCACUGGAACCACUUUGGUGGUGGCUACAGAGGCUCUUCACUAAGGAUUAUGAAGGACCUACUGAAGUAACUGCACUCACAGUCACUUAUAGAAAUGUCUUAAAUGCAAGAGAAGUAUUAUGUAUAUAUUGACAGAUGCUAAUUUGACCAAAACUAGUGUGGCUGAUUGUUGAAGAGACUAAAUGUAACAUUUUAACAGUGUAAUGUCUGUUAUACUGUGUAAAAAAUACAGAAUCAAAAUAACAAAAUCAAGUCUGCUUAGACUGCUUCAACCUACAUAAACCUGCUUUCAAAAUUAGAAAAACAGAAUCUAUAUCUUCCAGUUAAUGUCUUUAAUUGUGCAAUUUAACAAAGAUGUAAAAUUAAAUAGUGUUUUUUAGAAUUCUGUAUUUUCUACACUGACUCGUGUGUAGCUUACCUACAAUCUAACAUAAAUCUUAACAUGCAAUUUUCAGUAAGAGAAUCCAGGGCCAACUAUACACCAGAACACUCAGCUCUGGACCAACUUAAAAUCCCUGAUUUUUAUUUUCUGCAAGUGGGAGAGCAAGCAAUGUGUUUUGUGUUUUAAGUUGGUCUAAAAACUAUUUUUUUUGUUACGCUGUAGAACCUUUCUUAUUUUUUGAUCCUUUUGCAUUAGCUGUGUUUGACCAGCACUUUACUGAAUUAUACUGCUGUGCAAAGAACAUUUGAUUUUUCCAAGUGAAUGCAACACUUAUACUUCAUCUACUUUAUAAUAGCCUGACUGUUGAUGUCAUGCAGACUGACACCCUACUUACACAUGCAAAAUGUUGCUGUUUAGUGAAAGUCCAGUUGCUGUUUGAAAUAUUUGCCAUCCACUGCAUUAAUCAGCAAUAAAUCCUGGGAUGAUCCAA